CGUGAGGGCUGGUUACUUGGGGAACAGCAGCGAUGGAUAACAUUAAGCUAGUAGCUUAUAUUGCGCGUUCUUUAAAGACCAUAAUUAUAUAUUAAAGAAACAUAAGGAUGUGGGAGGAGUUUAAAAAGAACCGAUAAACACUUUCAAGGAUUUUUCGAGUCCAUUUUAUCAGUCUCGUCCAAUGACGGAUCUAUUUUAUGAGGCAGGCAGGUGUGUCAGACCUCGUUUCAUUAGGCUUGUUCCAAGAAUAAACCACAUCUACUCAGGAUUUGGGAAUAGCAGCAGGAGGGAGGACACCGUGCAGGAAGCCGGGGAACGGGACCGGCAUUUGGGCCAUGGCCACCGCGCGCUUCCCUGGGAAGAGUGCGGACGUGGCCGCCUCGAACUGGAGCGCUUCUCCCGGCCGGCCGAUGUGUGUGAACGGGACCCCGUGGAUCCUUUACCUGCUGGAGGAGUGUGUGGAUAAUGUGUGGGAGUACUGCAGCGUGGUGAUAGGACUUAUAUCCAUGUUCUGCUUUCUGCUGUCCACUCUGCCGCAGGUGUACGAGGCCUAUAGGAACGGUAAAGUGGAGGAGGCAAUGUCGUUUGGCUUCCUCUUCUUCCUCUUCAGUGGAGACUUGACCAGCUUUGCAGGGUGCUACCUCACCAGCCAGCUGCCAAUUCAGGUAGUCACAGUGGUGUUCUACAUCUUCACAGACCUGAUCCUCAUCUCCCAGUUUCUCUACUAUAAGAUCAAGAACAGCUCCAGCAGAAAAAGCCCUGUGCUGAAAUGGCUGUGUUUCAUGUGGUGCGGCUCUGCAACGUUAGUCCUGCUGGCUCUACCCAAACUCAUCGUAGACAACAGUGCUUCUUUAGACACCAAGAGUACCUCUAAAUCAGUGGAAAUCACAGGCUAUGUAUGUGGAUACCUGGCAUCUGUGUUCUACCUCAGCUCCCGGUUCCCCCAGCUCUAUAAAAACUUCCAGCGACAGUCCACGGAGGGCACUUCUUACAUGUUGUUCGCUCUGGCCAUGAUGGGCAACGGGACAUACGGAGUGAGCGUCAUCGUGGUGCUGCCUGCUCUGAAGGGCUCCAAACAGACCUUCAUCAUCAAGCACCUGGCCUGGCUCAUUGGCAGCCUGGGAGUCCUCAUACUGGACUUCUUUGUGACUGCCCAGUUCGUGGUGUACAGGAAGAACAGCUCAGCAAAGGGCAGCAAGCUGCUCAGCGUCCCGGAGGUGGAGCCUCUGCUGUGUGAGGAGGUGGAGCUGUCGCUGUUAUAGGAAACAGAACCAAACAUGGACUGCCCAAUCUGCAGUUUCUGAUUUAUCUGCUGAUUCUCUGUGACUAUUGAAUAACAACUUCAGAGAAAUUGCAGAAGCUAUAUGCAGCCGUGUUGAGGCACCAGCAGGAUCAUUACUUUCGAACAUGAUCAACCCCAAAAAUAUGGUUAACUGUCUUUUAUGUGACAAUUAGCCACGGAAAUAUCAGGUCGAAACAUUUUUCUCCAGUUAGUUUAACCACAACCUUUCUGUUUUAGGCAGGCCAUUAAGCAUUUAUCAGAUUCCUUGUAUUUAUUCUGAAUAGAAAGGUCAGAUUUGUUACAUUCAUCCACUGGGAUUACUUGAUUUUGUUUUGGGACGGAAAACAAUAUUUUUAUUGGCCACCGGGGACACCUAGAGGAGGGAGCUUAGUGCCAGACCUCUCCUCCUAAAUGCAAGCUUUAUGGAAUAAAUAAGUGCCUGUUAUUUAUACACACAUUUUUGAUAGGGAAGCUUAAAUACUGCUGUAUCAUAUUGCAAUAUUGUAUGAGGAGGCAUAGUAAUGGGAUUCAUAAUUUGGUAUUUGAGUGCCAUAACCUACCAGGCUUUUUAAACAUGUUUUUAUCUUGGUUGUUAAUUUCUGAAUGUGGUCCAAGCUCUCUAUUUUUAUGCAGAAUUGUGUGCCUCUUAAAGUUAAAUACAACUUUAUUUUAUAUGCAUUGUCAAAACUUGCAUGUCUUAACUAUUGACAGCGUUUUAUUGAAAGAGGCCCAAUUAUGCUUAUAUAUUAUGGGUUCUGUGCAUGUGAAGUGUCUGCUAAGGGUAAAAUCCCAAAGUUCAGGACCAUAGUGACAUCACUACGGAACACUCGCUAGCGCUCCAACACAUCGUAGUGAUAGUCUAAGGGGCGGGACAUCUCUAAGUGGUUGGCCAAUCACAAAAGAGCUGGCCAGAUAACCAAUCAGGCACAAGAUACAAAUAUGAACCUAGAAAUGAGCAUAAUAGGGCUCCUUUAAGCCUCUGUUUUACUUCUCUUAUUACUAACAUGUUAUGAGCUGCAUAGUCUGGUGUCCUCUUAUGCAACUUUUACAAUUAUGACGUACAGAGAUAGUCAUUAAAUAAGUCAUUACUUUUUGAUAAUGUAUUUCCAAAUGCAUCUGAGAAUAGAGACAUUAAUGGGAUGUCUUAAAGACGUAGUUAAAGUCAUGAGGCUUAUAAUCCGUUUGCACGUUAGUUUGUUUUUCUGUUCUGUUUGCAGAUGCUCUUGUCAAGUCAAUUUUAAUGUUAACGCGACGCGGUUGAACAAAACAAAUACAUGAAAACAAAGCAGAACAAAAAUGAAACAGAACAUAUAAUGUUCUUAAAGGAUAUCGGCUUCGAUCAUUAGUAAAACUGUGGUGCUGUUUCUGCAAAAUGAAAGUAAUAUAUCUUUCUACCUCAUUUAAUGUGAACAUAAUUAAGAGCUUGAUCAAACACAUUGUAUAUACACAUUUAAAACAUGCAAUGAUGUUAGGACUGGCUGUUAUUUCACUCUCAGCCUGUCACUUGAUGCAAUAAUGUGUAAUUAAGUUGAUAUUUGGGGAAUUCCUUGUUACUUUUUUUACUGUAAAUGAAUAUUUUUUUGUAAAUUGAUGCAAUUAGAGUAUACAUUUUUUUCCAAUAGAUUGAACUUUUUGCUACAUAUUUUUGUACUGCACGAUUCAAACCUUGAUUAUUCCUUCAAAUGAAUAGGAAACACUUUGCAAAGUAGCACAAACAAACUUGUAUGACUGUAGAACAUGUGUUUAUAAGACUAGGUUUUGUCACACUGUAUUGAUUUCAAAGCAUAAUGUUAUUUUCUUCGUAUUGUGUACAUGGCAAGCGUCUUCUCAUAUAAACUGUAGUACAGACCAAUGUAUGUAUGAUGAUAACUAUGUACACAACUUGAAUAAACUGCAAUAUAUACUCAGUCAAAAGGUCAACAUA